GCAUCAAGGCUUUGCCGCUUUCCCUUUCGCUUGCUUUGGACAGCUGUGACUUGCAGCUUCAAGAUGGAAGCUACACUAACAGCUAGUCAGAUCCGGCAACGAUUUAUUGACUUCUUCAAAGAAAACAAACAUACCUAUGUGCACUCGUCUUCUACAAUCCCCCUGGAUGACCCCACGCUGCUCUUUGCUAAUGCUGGUAUGAAUCAGUUCAAGCCCAUCUUCCUCAAUACUAUUGACCCCUCGCACCCGCUUGCUAAACUGAACAGAGCCACCAACACUCAGAAGUGCAUCCGAGCAGGGGGCAAGCACAACGACCUGGACGACGUCGGAAAAGAUGUCUACCACCACACCUUCUUCGAGAUGUUGGGGUCCUGGUCCUUUGGGGAUUAUUUCAAGGAACUUGCUUGUAAACUGGCACUGGACCUUCUCACCAAGGAGUUCGGCAUCCCUGCUGAAAGACUCUACGUCACUUACUUUGGUGGAAAUGAGGCUGCAGGCCUGCAGCCAGACCUGGAGUGCAAGCAGAUAUGGUUGAAUUUGGGGCUGGCUGAGGGCAGGAUUCUGCCUGGCAAUAUGAAGGAUAACUUCUGGGAAAUGGGAGACACAGGUCCCUGUGGCCCUUGCAGCGAGAUCCACUAUGACCGGAUUGGGGACAGAGAUGCUUCCCACCUGGUCAAUCAGGAUGAUCCCAACGUCCUGGAGAUCUGGAACCUGGUGUUCAUACAGUUCAACAGGGAAGCUGAUGGGACACUGAAACCUCUUCCUAAGAAAAGUAUUGAUACUGGGAUGGGCCUGGAGAGGCUGGUCUCUGUGCUGCAGAACAAGAUGUCCAACUAUGACACCGAUCUUUUCCUUCCUUACUUUGAAGCCAUCCAGAAGGGCACGGGUGCCAGGCCGUACAUGGGGCAGGUCGGUGCUGAGGAUGCUGAUGGUAUAGACAUGGCCUACCGUGUGCUGGCUGACCAUGCACGGACCAUCACGCUGGCCCUUUCUGAUGGGGGCAGACCUGACAACACUGGCAGAGGGUAUGUGCUGAGGCGGAUUCUCCGACGGGCUGUGCGCUACUCUCAUGAGAAGCUCAAUGCCCCCAAGGGUUUCUUUGCUACUCUGGUUGAUGUGGUGGUGCAGUCACUGGGAGAUGCCUUUCCUGAGCUGAAGAAGGACCCAGAUAUGGUGAAGGACAUUAUCAAUGAAGAAGAGGACCAAUUCCUGAAAACACUCAGCAGAGGACGUCGCAUCCUGGACAGGAAGAUCCAGAGUCUGGGAGACAGUAAAACCAUCCCUGGUGAUACUGCCUGGCUGCUGUAUGACACCUACGGUUUUCCUGUGGAUCUCACUGGACUGAUUGCAGAGGAGAAGGGCCUUGUUGUGGACAUGGAGGGCUUUGAAGAAGAGCGGAAAAAUGCACAGCUCAAAUCCCAAGGGAAGGGUGCUGGAGGGGAGGACCUCCUCAUGCUGGACAUCUAUGCCAUCGAAGAGCUAAGGGCCCGAGGGCUGGAGGUGACUGACGACUCGCCAAAAUACAGCUAUGCUUCAGAUCAGAGCGGUGCUUAUGAUUUUGGGAGCCUCGUGGCCACAGUGAAAGCCAUCCGCAGGGAGAAGAAGUUUGUGGAGGAGGUAUCCACUGGCCAGGAGUGUGGGAUAGUGCUGGACCGGACCUGCUUCUACGCCGAGCAGGGUGGGCAGAUCUAUGACGAGGGCUACAUGGUCAAGGAUGACGACGGCAGGGAGGAUAAAACAGAAUUCACGGUGAAGAACGUGCAGGUCCGAGGAGGCUAUGUGCUUCACAUAGGAACUUUAUAUGGAAGCUUGAAAGUAGGAGAUCAGGUCCACUUGUCUAUCGAUGAGAGUAGGCGGAGGCCAGUCAUGAGCAACCACACGGCCACCCACAUCCUCAACUUCGCCCUGCGCUCAGUGUUGGGGGAAGCUGACCAGAGAGGGUCGCUGGUCGCACCAGACAGGCUGCGGUUCGACUUCACAGCCAAGGGAGCCUUGUCUACCCAGGAAAUCAAGAAAGUCGAAGGGAUUGCCAACCAGAUGAUUGAGGAGGCAAAGACUGUGUAUGCCAAGGACUGCCCUCUCGCAGCAGCGAAAGCUAUCCAAGGCCUGCGGGCAGUUUUUGACGAGACCUACCCCGAUCCUGUCCGUGUGGUCUCAAUUGGCAUCCCUGUGGAGGAGCUGCUGGCUGACCCUUCUGGCCCUGCGGGCUCCAUCACUUCUAUUGAGUUCUGUGGAGGAACGCACUUGCAGAACUCCAGCCAUGCUGGCCCCUUUGUGAUUGUUUCAGAAGAAGCAAUUGCUAAAGGCAUCCGGAGGAUAGUUGCAGUCACUGGGGCCGAAGCUCGGAAGGUAAGGGGAGGCAGGAGAGAUCCUGUGAAAUCCCAUGUCCCACGCCCU